AUGGCUACACCGCUCCUGUUCCAGAGCCUUGGCACACGCAUAGCCAUCUUGACGUGCUUCUGGCUGGCAUUGCUACUCAGCAUCCCGUCCUGGCUUCGGCUCACCACCAUCCAGAGGUUGCCACUGCCGACACGUCAGGUGGAAGCGCUUCAGCUUUCGGAGAAAUGCCCCGUCACUUUUAGAGCGACUCUAUCGGUGCUUGUGGAUUCUUCCAUACUGCCACAGGAUCAUGAAGGAGCGGAGGCGCAAGCGACUUUCUUGAGCGAGGUGGAGCAACUUGUGCAACAGAGUCUGACGCUCAAAGCAGAGCUACCUGCUGCAGCGAGUCUCGAGUGCACGCAGUGGAAUGUCACUGCACAACCAAUAGCGUCAGCAGACUCACUUGAGUCGAUAGACCCAGAGACUGGCCGCUACGUGGUGCGAGUGCUGAGCGAAGCAUCUAUUCCUGACAACGAGGCCGACGACGCAAAUUCGCAGCAAGCUUCGGUCCCGACCGUCUUCCUCCCCACCAUCGAGGACCCAACGUCUCUUCCACUGGUUCCAGAUGCCAUCAGCGCAGCCGUCAUCGCUGAGCUCCUUCACCUACGAGGCGACAAACCCCUGGCCCUCCAAGACGAUGCCUCCUCUACGGCUUCUAUCGCAGACACAGAGCAAGACCCGCGCGUCAUUCAGUACAGCAAACACGUCCGCCUCGUGUUCAGCAUCAUGAACCAAGACAUUACCGACAGUAUUGCGUAUGAUAGCGAGCUCAUCCACGCCCUCGCUAGCGACAACGUGACGAGCAGCAAUAAUCCGAUUGCCCGCUUGACGCGCGAGUUGAGCAGUCUGCACGAUUUUCAUGUAGAGACGCAGGUACAGUGGUUUGCGCCGUUGCAUUUCCGGCCGACGCACGAGGUGCUGGAAGAGGUGGUGGAGAGAGAAAUCGAGCAAGAGGUCAUGGUGGAUCAAGAGGUUGAAGAGGAAGUCGAAGUCGAGGUGCCAGCGGAGGAAGGUGAAAGCAACAAUACCACCAUGGGCGAAGCAGCAGAGCAAGAUGAGGCUGAAGUCGAAGAACAGCUUGCACCUGCCCUUCCAUCAACAGGCAAACGGACCAAGCUCGUCAAGCAGAUCCGAAAACGAACGAUCCAAGUGCCACGAUUGCAGCGCGUCCUCGAGCAAACGCGCACGCCUCUGCCACCGCGCCAUGUCGUGGAAUGGGACGAUCUCAAAGUGUUUGUCAACUCGCAAGACUGGAGUCUCACUUCAACAGUUCCCCCUCCCACUGCCAACGCUUCCAAGGAUGCGAGCACAGGACGAGCAUAUGAUGUGUUAGCUCAGACGCACGAUCUGCACUUCCUGCUCUACAUCCCGAGUCGCUCGCAUUCGCCUUUGAUGAUUCGGGAUCCUGUCACGGGGGGAGUGAACGAGCGGUCAAGCGCUUGGUUGAUUCCGCAGUGGGGUGGUGUUGUCAUCUUGAAUGCUGAACAAGGGGUCGGUGGUGGGAAGGGAGCAGAUGGGGUGUUGGAUCUGGCUGGCGUGAAAAAGGGACAGGUGGAGAGUCUGCCGCACGCAGAGGUCGCGGAAGCGAUCGGCAUCUUCGCUCGCCAACUAGAAAUCCUCCUAGGUCUCCCCGACUCCUCUAGCUCACCCCAUUCGGCCCUGCGCCGCCGCAUCAACCUCGUGAUGCUCCAACAGCGCCGGAUCCUCGAACUCACGCGCGAAACCACCUCGACCCUGCUCGCCAUCACCCGCCUUGUCAACCGCAUCGAAAACCUCGGCGUCGGCCCACACGUCAAAACGGACGUCCAGUCGUCCCUCGGCAUCCUCCACUCCCUCUCCAGCUCAUCGACAGACCUGUACGAAAUGUUGGCACAGGCGAAAGAAGCCCACGCGCUGAGCAACCGCGCAUUCUUCAACCCGGACAUGCUCGGGUUGUUGUAUUUCCCAGACGAACACAAGUACGCAGUUUACACGCCGCUCUUUGCACCCCUGCUGGUGCCGCUCUUCGUCACGUCGGUGAAGCUGCUCAAGGAGGUCAUGCUGACGCGGAAGGAGGGUGGACGAGGUGGAAGCAGACGGCACUCGGUCAAGGCGCGGAAGUCGACCUGA